UCAUUCUCAUCUCCAGAGGCCGUGCUCCUUUUGGUCAGCAGCAUAAUAACAUUGCGCGUGCGUGUUAAGGACUUGACUGUGAUUUGCGACUGAACAACAACAACAAAAAAAACGAAACCAGAAUUUCAACUCGGGCGUUUCCUUUGGAAAGCCCAAAUUAGCACGAUGGGUGCUAAUUUGAAUUAUUAUGAUAAUUAAAAUUGUUGUUGAUUGGCAGCAAGUACAAUACUAUACACGUAAAAUGCUUAUUGUUUAGCGCAAUUCUGAUAAAGAAGGAAAUAGCUGUACUUGAUGGUUUUUGAUGUAGUGUUGUUUGAUUUCUGCAGCUGACAUGGGAUUUGCCAGGCUGUUCAAUGCUCCAUUAAAGCCUCUUGCUGAUCUGGAUCCAGUUGUGGUGACAUUUUGGUACAGAGCACCUGAGUUACUUCUUGGUGCUAGACAUUACACAAAAGCCAUAGAUAUAUGGGCUAUAGGUUGUAUUUUUGCAGAGCUAUUAACAUGUGAACCCAUAUUUCAUUGCCGUCAAGAGGAUAUCAAAACUAGCAAUCCUUAUCACCAUGAACAGCUUGAUAGGAUAUUCAACGUAAUGGGAUUUCCACAAGGUGAGUUUCAUGUGCUGCAGUGAUGUCUGACAUAAGAUAACCUUCUUGUUAGACUGAUGUGAUGGCAGGUGUACAAGUAGGCAUAUACGUACAUUUUUAGAUUGAUGCGAUUCGUCAGUAACGCCUUUGAUGCAGACAAUAUCUGAACAUACAUGUACAAAAUUGCUGCAAUAAUCCCCUGCAAGCAUGUUAGUGCUAAUCCUAUUGUUAUCUUUUCUUAAUCUAUUGUGGUGUAGGUCUUGUUAAAUCAAGUGUUUACCUUGGGAUGAUUAGGUACAUGUAGUACAGCCUUCAAUAAACAAUAAAAAUAAAAUAAAUUAUAUAGUGUAAUACACAAUACAAUACA